GAUUUGCUUUUGGAAAUUUACUUCCAAAGCGUUUGUCAACCAUAUUUCAAAAAUCAUUUUACUCAUUUAAAAAGUUUUCAAACAACUUUUAACAUUUGAAAGGAUUAAUGCCCCUUACCCAAACGUGCCCAGUCUAAAAGAUAUGGAAUUUUUCAUUCGGCACAUGGACCCACUAUCUGCAGAUUUUCAGAGACCACCAUGAUGCCUGAGAGCUCCUGCUUUUUUAUAGCAGAGGCGAAAUUUUAGUAUUUUAUUAAGCCCCGGAAACCAGAAUUUAACUUUGAUUUCCUAUCGUCGAAAAAGCAAGCUCUGUGAAUUCUGAAUAGUGAAAAUGGCCCCUUUUUUUUUUGUGAAUACUUACAAAACUAAUCAUUUUGAGUAAUCCACACCUUUAAUCCGAAGUCUGACCCUGAGAGGGAGACAGACCCGAAAGAAACAGAAAUCUGUGGAAUCUCUGAACGAUUCGAUUGGCUCUGGUGCGUCAAUUUUUGCUCUAUUUUCUGCAGAAUGUGGCCAUUUUUUUCUUAGGGUUUCGCUUGCCGCUCUUCCUCGCGCCACCACUAGCUUCCUCCUCUUAAGUAUAGAACGAAUUGAACACCAGCUUCUGAUCUCUGUGGAAACCAAAACAAUAAAUCUCAUUUUUCUGGCUAGGUCCGCCAUCUCUAUACCAAUUUGGGAAAUUCCUAAUGGAUGACGGUGAGCUUGAUUUCCGAAACCAGCAAACGUUCUGCGGUCCAAACAUGGAAGAACUUCAGAGCACUUGCUCAAUGGAUAGUUUCUUCGAAGAGCUUUUAAAUGACACACAUGCGUGCACGCACACUCACACUUGCAACCCUCCUGGCCCUGAUAAUUCACAUACCCACACUUGUUAUCAUGUGCACACCAAAAUUGUUCCAGCACCUUCUGAAGAAAAGGUUGGCACUGAUGAGAGUACUGGUACAGAAUCUGCAGAAAAGAGGCCAAAAAAACGUCCUUUAGGUAACCGCGAAGCAGUUCGCAAAUAUCGUGAGAAGAAGAAAGCCCGAGCUGCAUCUUUGGAGGAUGAGGUUGUAAAAUUGAGAGCUUUGAAUCAACAUUUGUUGAAGAGGUUACAAGGUCAGUCUGCUUUAGAGGCUGAAAUUGCAAGGCUAAAGUGCUUGCUAGUUGACAUUCGAGGAAGGAUUGAUGGGGAGAUCGGAUCAUUUCCGUAUCAGAAAUCAAUUAAUUUGAACGUGCCAACUACACCCUCGCCUGGUUCCUAUUUGAUGAAUCCUUGCAAUGUGCAAUGUGGUGAUCAGGUCUAUUGUCUUCAUCCUGCAGCAGAUGGCAAGAAUACAGAACAUUUAUCAACUAACGAACAAGGAUUGAGUGGUUGUGAAUUUGAAAGCAUUCCCUGCCCAGCAAACCUGAAUUUGGGCCUCAAGGAUCUUUCUGGCUGUGGAGUUGGACAGGAAGUAUCUAACAUCAAUUCUUCUACAGCAAAUAAAAGAAAAGGGCGAACUCGAGCAGCAAUGGCUAGUUGAACUGGCAAUGAUAUGGCUGUGAUGGUUUUCAUCAUCCUCAUGGUACAUGGUUUAUUCCAAUAAGUUGUUGCCAAUUGCAGCAUCAGCUAUCCACCAGGUCAUUUUGUAGUUCUGAUCUUUGCUUAGGAAAAUUCAUUUCUUUCUUUUUGACCCACCCACAGCUGGGUUACUGGGGUUGGGAUGACCGUUCUAUAACGUUUGAUCAAACUUUGCUGGUUACAAUAGUGCAUGGGUAGCCAGCAGAGCCUAUGGCUGAUACACUUGGCCUUGUGAUCAUACGUGGACUUAUUUGAGUUGUUGCAAGAGGCCAUCUAAAUGAAUGUUGCUCAACAAAUUUGUCGCUGCUGAACUACAGAACUUAGAGAAGCUGGUUUGUUAACAUUCAAUACUUUGUGCCGUGGGCAGGUGAGAUUCAAGUUUCAUAAUGUAAUCUACGAUCUGGUUUGCAAAACAAUAAAUUCGUCUCGCAUAGUUUCCAGCACUGCUCUUCCUUUAUCAUUAAUUAAUCUGAAUGACAAGUGUACUUCUGCCUAUAGCAUUUUGCUAAACAAGGGAUGGCCAUUGUUAUUGGACAAGUGAUGCCGUUGCCACCUAUAAGCCCUGUUUGGUUGGAUGAACUUUAUGGGAGACAGGAGGAAAGGACACUUCUUUCUUGUUCAUGGGACAUUUGGUUGGCAGACUUGGAAACAACAGUUCAACCCUUGGGAGACCCUUUUGCAGCAGUUGAGAGAGAUAUUCUUCAUCCCACAUCAGGUGGCCGAAAUAGCCUUACUGGGAAGGCUUGACAUUGUCACUGACAAAAAUACCCACAAAAGACAUGGCAUGAAAUUAGUUGAACAGCACAGAAACACAAACCCGCACAAAUAGCUUCGGUUAGCAUCUCAUGUUCAUCGGCAGAGUUUGAAUCGACAAAUUUCUAGCCGAAAUCUGCAAAUUUUGAAGAGUGAAAAAUCAAUCAAAUCAUAUGAAGUGGUUGUUUUUUAAAAAAAAAAAUUGGGAAUACCAAGAGAGAAAAAUAUAGAACAAGUUGGCCCUCCGAUAUCCCUUCUACUGUCGAUGAGAUCUCCGUCUUCUCCAUUAAGACCCCUCGUUGCAGAUCCUAAUCUGGUUGAGUUUUAGCUUUUUAUGUAUAAGGAGAAAAAAAGCAUGUAUCUUGCUGUGGUGAAGUGGGUUAAAAGAUGAUAACUGGACAUGUUAUAACAUCCAGAAACUUCGUACUUCUCGUCGGCACUAAUUAAGCAUGUGUCCUUUCCUUUCUUUCUAUGCAAAUCAAACGUUUUUUCUCACA